AUGGCGAACGUGCUGGAGAAGGGCAUCGUAAUGCAGUUCCCGGAGGAAGAGAAUGGCAAUCCUCUCGAAGCUCAGAUCAUGGGUCGCAAUGGAGUUGGCGAUCGUCUCAGUGGAGCAGUCGAACUUAGGAUCGAUGACAAAAUUAAGAUAUUACGUCAUCAGAGCGUGGAGACGGAUGGUCAGAUCCAGGUUGGCGAUCUGACUGGAAUUGGAAGCAUGAAAGCGACACUGCAGGUGACGAGAAUUAGUCGAUACUAUCUGAUGGACGAGCGCUAUCCCGAGAUGAGCAUGGACAAAAUCGACAUUGUGGAGAACUUCGACGAGACAAUUAUAGACUUUUUGGCAACUAGGGCGAAGGAUCCGGAGAACAAGCCCAUGGGAGACGUACCUAGUGGUGUUCCUUCGGUGGCCGGAAACCAGAGUCAACAGGCAACGGGUACGACGGGGAAGUUGAGCUCAUCGUACCCUCCGAUCUUCUAUAUGAGACCGGGAGAGAGCUGGGAGCAAUACUGGAGGAGCGUCACCUUUUGGGUGGCCUCAGAAGGUAAGUCCUUGCCCCAGGAGAUGCAAGGACCCCGACUCAUGCAGCAGUUGCGUGAGAGAGCAGGGAAGAUCGUGCAGCACUUAACGGUGGAGGAAGUUUCCGGAGCCGAUAGAAUUCAGAGGAUUAAGCAGGAAAUGGAGAGAAGCCCCAUCAUCAAACUUCUGGACCAGAAGAAGGUAGACCAAAGGAGACAGAAGUUCAUGAAACCCACCCGCUUGCAUGGAAAAUCAAUUGAAAGUUUUUUGAAUCGCGCUGAAAUUUACCAGCGUGAGAACCAGUCUUCACCCGCCUAUCAGGUGGGAUCGAAGUUUUACAUUGGACAUCUUUUGGAUGCAGCCCGCUUGACCAAGAGGGACUUGGCCCUGGUGAAGGCUGCAAGUCAAGGUACUCUGGAGGAUGAGGACCUUUGUGACCACCUCGCUGAUGGACUUGGCAGAGCAGAGGACAAGUACCUGGUGCAGAAGGCGACUACAUCUUCCAGUAUGACAUCACCAUUGCAGAGCUCUACGGCGACACCUGGAGUGAGGAAGAACCGAAGGAAGUUCUUCGGGAGACGACGUUUUCGGGAUGCGCUGAUGGCAAUCCUGGAAGAUGAGGACGGAGCUGAUGAGGAUGGAUUGGACGACGAGACAGUUAUGCCAGAUGGCAUUGGCGACGAAUCAGUUUAUGAGGAGGAGGACGAUAUGACUUCGUUCGGUGGGUCGUCAACGCAGGCAACCUCUGUGAUGGAAGCUUCGUCGGCUGGAACUAUGUCGUCUACUACCUCUUCUACGGCUUCGACAUCAGACGCAUUUCUGGCAGAGAUUUUCGCACAGGAGUACAAAGCCAGGAAUCGCGUGCGUGAGAUCAAGAAGAUGAGACAGUACUUCCAGAAGGAAGGACAUGCACCAGGAGGGCCACAAGGCGACAAAGAUCGAGAACAAGUGAAGCGAUGGGUGAAGCAGCAGCAGAAGACGGAGUGCCCGUAUAGAAACAAGGCACCAGUGCAUGCGACCAAUGUCACAUUUCCCACGGGCAACAGACAAGCUGAUGCCGACUGGGAUUUCCUCCGACAGUGCGCCCAGUCCGAGUCGAUGUACAAGAGUGCACCACAGAGGGGGGGGAGGAUUUCUGUCGUUGCGGGGAAUUGUCCACCAUUGUUGUCAAAGCCUGUGUGCACAACCUUGGGUCUCAUGGUUGACACGUCAGCGCAUGCAGUGACAUCUAAGAAGUAUGGCAUCAAAAGGUUUGGACUAAGUCAAUCGGCAGGAGGUCACUAUGUCAUUCCGAUUGAUCAGGUGUCAGACAUGCAACCAGUUCCCAGUGAUUUCAGUUUGCAGCCACAACAUGAAGUGUUUCCGCUGGUGCCCAGUGGAUCAACGGUGAAGGAGUCACCAACCUCGCGCCCCACCGUCCUGACUGUGCACUCGGUGUCGGAUGAUCGACAACAGCCCAUGGGAGAACGUCGGGAUGCUGGAGGACGAGACCCACGCCAUCUCGUCCGACGAGGAUCAGGAUCCGCAGAGGAGGACGUCGAGAGCAGUCAGACGCCGGGCAUCGAGAACUUUGUCGGAGAGCCGACAUCGAUCACCGAGCAGAACGCCACAGAUCUCCAAGGAGAUGGUGGAGAUGCAGGCACAGAUGGCUCAGAUGGCAACGAUGAUGAUGGAAAUGCAGGAGAUGGCAACAGCAGCCAAAGCCAAAGCGAAGAGCCGGAGCAAGGCGGCGGGAUCUGGUCAGACCGCCCCCAAGGAGAACAAGAAGGCGGCCCUGACAGGUCGGGAGGCCGAUUUCCCGACUCUGUCACAUCGCUACAGCUACGACGUCACCUUCAACAUCCUCGGCAGCAUCACGGAGCAGGCCCUGACGUUCAAGUGGAAGCUUUUGCUACUUAUGCUGAGGAUGAAACAGGCAGUGGAGGCAGACAAGUCAACCAGGAGGAGAUGGAAGAGGAACCCGAGAUGGAUCAUGCACAUGAACGGCAGAUUCCUGGCGGGACUAUGGGGCCAUCUGGGCAGCGCCCGUCAGUUGUGCUUCAACCCGAAGGUCUACCCGCUGGCUCUAGCCGACACGGAGGAGAAAGAGAGCAAAGACAAGCGCAGAGGUUCCAAGGGCUCCAACUGACGGAUCCCAAUGCCACGACGACUGCAGAACAACGGAGACGUGCAGCCGAGCGGUUGGAUGUCGUGUUAGAAGGCCAACUAUGUCCUGGAGGAGACCUUCAUGAGGAGCUACAUCAAACUGGAGACCUUUCUGAGGAGCUACAUCAAACUGGAGCUCAGCGUCUUGGUGGAGCCCUUCUUGAGGAGCUACUUCAAAGUGGAGAUCUUGGUUCCGGAGGAGCACAGUCUGAGGAGAUGCCAACAUUUCAGACAGAGGUCCAACCAAAAGGAAAGAAGAUCACUUUGAACAGACGUCAGACGAGGAGCAUCCGGCAGGGUGUCCAGAAGGCUCUGCGGAUGCAACACCGUAUAUAUGAAGCCGCACAGAUGAAGAGGCGGCCUUGGACUUUGUUGGAGGUCUUCGCAGGAAAGGCUACGUUGUCCUCAAUGGCCAGACAAUCACCUGAAUGGGAAGUACUACCACCUCAGGAUGUACUAUAUGGACUGGACCUGCUCAAGGAGGAGCACGUGCAGUUGCUGAAAGAUGUCAUUGAGAAGCAACGUCCGGAUGUGGUGACCUUGUCACCUCCAUGUGGUCCGUGGAGCUCUUGGCAGAGGAUAAGGAAGAGAAAGGAUCUUCUACAGGCUCUACGUCGUGAACACCAGCCCUUUUGGGACCUUGUGUGCUGGAUCUGGGCCUUUCAGAACACGCAUGGUGGAAUUGUUGUGUUGGAGCAGCCCAAGCAAAGUGAUGCCCUCAAAAUGCCCAAGAUGACACGGAGAGAACGUGUGUAUGAGAAAGAGGUGCACAUGUGCCAAUUGGGGUUGGAGGACGUGGUGAGCGGUGCUCCACACAAAAAGGCCACAGCGGUUCAGAUGAACCAUCCUAUGAUUUGCACGACGCUUUUUCCUGAGAAGAAGUGUGACCAUCCACCUGGAGCACAUCAACCUCUAGAAGGAUCAGUGGCAGUAUGGGAUGAGACAACGAGAAGGUACAAGGCAGUCAGAAGGUCGACGCUUGCAGCGGAAUGGACACCGUCAUUCUGCGAUUGGUUGUUGGGCGGCUUGGAAGCUAUGCAAGAGGAGUCUGCACAGGUGUUUCACCUGGAACUUCAUCGGGAAGUACCAAGUACAAAGCUGUGGGAAACGGUUCCGACAGAGCUGGAGCAGACCCCAGAGGGACAAAUCCGACAGCACCUCCAGCAGAAUGAGUUUGGCACCAGGUACGACUACAUCAGUUUUUCAGGGACGGCAGCAAUGGUGAGUCGCACGAUGAGGUCAACUCUGGCUCAUCUUCAUGUGGCUUUGGGCCAUGUUAGCAAUGCCAAAUUGAAAAGAAUGAUGCUUUUGAAUGGCGCCAAACCGGAGCUGGCCGAGAUCAUAGAUCACUUGGAGUGCCAAAUAUGCAAACAGGUACAGAGCCCGAUGGCAACACCAAAGGCAGCCUUUCAGCGGCCAAUGUGCUUCAAUGAACGCAUCCUGUCGGACACGUUCUAUGUGUGGGAUGUGGAGGAGACCAAGUUUGCGGUGACCCACAUCAUUGACGCCUUCUCGCUCUACCAGAUUGCCACGGCGGCCAAGGACCCAUCGGCAGAAACCUCGGUCGAGUUGAUCCGAGACCGUUGGUUAGGGGUAUUUGGCCCUCCAGCGGUCCUCAUGACGGAUCAGGGCAGUGAGUUCAAGGGAGAGAUGGAGCCAUUGCUGGCAACUUUUGGAGUAUUCCAUGAGAUGGUGCCCCCUACAGCUCAUUGGAGGAUGUCAUUGGCUGAGCGGCAUGGAGCGGUGUUAAAGGUAUUGCUGAUGAAGAUCAUCAAGGAACAGUCCAUUGUGGGAUUGGGGCAAUUGCAGAUGGCUGUUGUAGCUGCAACGGCGGCGAGAAAUAGCCAAGCCAGAGUGUCUGGCUUUGCCCCUACUCAGUUGGUCUUUGGGAAAGACACCGCCAUGCCCACGAACCUCAUGGAAGCGCUAGCAGGACAGUUUCACUACCAGCUGGCGAGACCUACAUCACCUGAAGAUUCCUUCUACCGAGCUAGCCAGAUCAGAAAGGCAGCUUCGGAUGCCUUCCAGUGGAUGGAGGCGAGCGACGCACUGAAAAAGGCAGCAGGUUCCAGAGCUAGGCUGCCCAAACUGGAGUUGCUCACAGAAGGAGCUCAAGUGAUGUUCUGGGAACCUCCGGCACACAGGAGAGGUUUGGCACGGAGGCUACAGGACAACAUCUCAUGGAUCGGACCAGCGGUGGUGGCAGCAAUCGAGAGAAAGGACGGGUCCAUCAAGAGAGUCUGGGUCCGGUACAAGAACAAACUGAAAGGUGUCCCUCUUGAAUUUGUACGGUUAGCUGUGGCAGAGGAACAUGAGGCCACGAGCAUAACCAAGGAGGCAUUGCAGGAGUUAGCGAAACAAUUGGAUUCCGGACGAGUCAAUGCAGAAGUUCCGGAUACAUCAUCCUCUUCGUCUUCAAGCUGA